CGAGUCCAUGGCCAAGACACGCAAAGGGAGUUGGAAUCCCUUGAGCUUCUUACCCGUGCAAGUGACGAUCAUUGGCUCGCUUUCCUACGCCGUGCUAUUGGCAGCUCUCCUCUGGCAGCACGUCACAGUCCCUCCAGCACCGUCCACCGCCGUACCCGUCGCUGGCAUCAACCUCACAUCCGCAUGGCUGGACCUCGAAUUCAUCUCGGACGGAUAUCACCCAUGGGGUAGUAAGAGGAACGAUGCAGUGAGGGAAUACCUGCUGCAGCGAAUCGAGGAGAUUCUCAAGUCGAACCAUGUCGAUCAUAAGACGGUGUAUGCUUCGCCGAACAACACGUUCAUUUCGGACACGGUUGGCGUGCAGAGUGUGACGGUCUUUGCGAACGAUACGUCGAACUUCACGGGACCGGAUAGCUGGACACAGAAGCCGUGGACGCUGUACGGCGAGUCUGAGAACAUUCUCGUGUACAUUCGUGGUACGGACGAUAAAGAGGGGGACUGGUGGAACACAACGGACAGGUACGAUGGCAACAGUGGAGUGCUCGUGUCCGCACACUAUGACUCUGUCGCGACGGGCUUUGGUACAACAGACGAUGGUGUAGGAGUCGUCUCGAUCUUGCAGCUCAUCUCCUACUACACGAGGAAGGGCAAUCAGCCGAGGAGAGGCCUGGUGGCUUUGUUGAACAACGCAGAAGAGAAUGGACUGUACGGCGCAUACAACUACUUGGAGCAUCCGCUCUCCCAGCUGACACAUACGUUCCUCAAUCUGGAAGGAGCAGGAGCAGGAGGAAGGGCCACACUCUUCCGAAGCACCGACAUGGAGGUGACAAAGGCCUACGCCAAGUCUCCCCGGCCAUUCGGCUCGAUUAUCAGCGGUGAUGGGUUCAAGCGGGGGGCUAUCAAGAGUGGAACAGACUACUCCGUCUUCAACUCGAUCGGUGGCAUGCGUGGAUUGGAUGUGGCUUUCUUCGAGCCUAGAUCAAGAUAUCACACGGAUCAGGAUUCAAAAGCCAACACCUCGCCGGCUUCGCUGUGGCAUAUGCUUUCCGCUGCUCUGGCGACUACGAAAGAGCUGACAUCCUUCAAAGGUGACGAGUUCGAAGGUUCUGCCGACGAGCACGGCAAACUUGACAUUGGCAAAGGCAGUGAUGGCAUCUGGUUCGACCUGUUCGGCAUGGUCUUCGCCCUAGGCAAGCUCAAUACCCUGUUUGCCUUUUCUGUUGCGCUCCUCACGGCGGGACCGAUUCUCUUCAUCCUGCUCGAGGUUCUUCUUCGCUACAGCGACAAGUGGUACGUCUUCGCUGGAAAGAGAUAUCUCCGCUCCACCGACGAUGACGAAGCUGUUCGGAUCCAUGGUCGACGCGGCUUCUUCCGCUUCCCUAUUGCUUUCAUCAUCUCGACCGCAGUCGUGGUCGCGCUGGCCUACUUGGUCACGAAGAUCAAUCCCUACAUUAUAUACAGCAGUGAGUAUUCCGUUUGGGCCAUGUCCCUGUCGGUGUGGUUUGCGGUCAGCUGGUUCUUCAGCAACUUGGCGGCCAACACCCGACCGACGGCACUGCAUCGCAUGUAUGUCUUGAUCUGGAUGUACGCCAUCUCUUGGGUACUUCUUGUCUUUGCUACUAUUGGGGAGAAGAAUCUGCACUUGGGAAGUGGAUACUUCUUGGUCAUUUAUCAGGCCUCGAUCUCGGUUGCAUUGCUAAUUAGCUAUCUGGAAUUGCUUGCGCUGCCCAAAAUCUCGAAGUAUGUCGAGCAUGUACUGGGCGCCCAGGAUGAUGCUGCAUCGAUACGACCAAGCAGUCGAGCAUCCCGUCCAGUUACCAGACAGGAAGAACCCGAAGCGAACGAGCGUACCUCGCUGCUUCACCAUUCGCCGAGCGGUGCGAGUCAGUCGACUUUCGCUCGCAUCGGCCGACGGCGCGCUGCGGAUAGGAAUGAUAUCCCGGAAGAUACAGAAGACUCAUAUCUGAACCAGGCCUACCUCGAUGAGCAAGCCUGGAGUUCAUCUCUCCCUCAAUGGACGUGGAUCCUGCAAUUCCUGGUUCUCUGCCCGAUCAAUGUCAUCAUUAUUGCCCUUCUGCUCACAUCGGCUUUGUACCAAACACCAGCCGAUGGAAACUCAGUCUUCAACAUCUACAUCGCCAUCGCCACGCUGACCGUUCUACUUCUUCUCCCGCUCAGCCCGUUCCUGCACCGCUUCUCCUACCACAUUCCGACAUUCCUCUUCAUGGUGUUUGUUGGCUGUCUGAUCUACAACCUGAUCGCAUUUCCCUUUUCUCGCGAAAACAGACUCAAGUACUACUUUGUCCAGCAGAUGGACCUCAACUCCGGCGUCAACAAUGUCACUGUGAUCGGGAUUGAUGAGUACAUCCAAGACAUUGUCAGGGAGAUGCCUAGCGCAGCCGGGCAGAAACUUCAUUGCGGCGGUCACCACACACCGAGUCGCCCUGGCUUGACAGGCUGCUCAUGGCAUGGCCUCCCGCCAAACGUCGCACCGCUUCACUAUCCAGGUAUGCCCUCGAACGCUACUUUGAGGCACAGCUACAAGCACUGGGUAGACUUCAACUCCACUCACGAUGGCAAUACUGCCUCUCUCAGCCUGCGCGGAUUGAACACGAAGAUCUGCAAGCUGGUCUUCGACAACCCCGUCUCUCAUGUGGUCAUCGAAAACACGCAUCCCUCUUCACACGGUACCGCAGCUUCGUUCGAGAGUGCAGAGGUGCACCUUUUCAGUCGAACGUGGGAUCAGACAUUCAGAGUGAAUGUGACCUGGGCUGAUGAAAAGGCUAAGAAGCAGACUGGGCGGGCAGUGUGUCAGUGGGCGGACGUCAAUCAACCUGGAACCAUCCCGGCUUUCGAUGAGUUGAAGCGGUUCGAGCCGGUUUGGGCGGUUGCUACAAAGAAUGGUGAUGGAUUGUUGGAGGGCUGGAAGGAGUUUGAGAUUUGAGAUCUGAUCCAGGGGAGGUCUUUUGCUGUUGAGCCGCGAUGGGUUGGGCAUGUGCAUUCGGAUGGUUUGCUGGCUGUAAUGUGUUUCGUGAGCGUGCAUGUACCAGUGAAUUACAUUGUCAUAUGAGUAACUCGACGAUUCACUUAGAAUGAUU